UAACAUCAAUUUUACAAGUUUCCCAGCUCAUGACCGACCAAGCAAAUCACCGCCUGUGAGCCUUCGACCCACACUUCUUCUUCCUGUUCUCUGCCAUUUCCAAACCUCCGAAAAAACCCCAACUUUCAGAAACCUGAUUAAAUUCUUGGCUCAUCGAAUAAAGCCGCGGUCUCAAUUUUCGGCUUCGGAGCGAUGUCAGAGAAGUUCUCGGCGACGCUUCGAAUCGGAGAUCUCAACGAUUUCAUUGCACCGUCCCAGGGAUGCAUAGUCUCAGGCCUCAAAGCCUCCUCAACCAAGCCCUCUGCCAAGCCUGAGGUUUCAACUUCUGGCAAGCAAGUGAAAACAGAACCGGUUAAAAUUUCACUCAAAGAUUGCUUAGCAUGCAGUGGUUGCGUAACUUCAGCGGAGACAGUUAUGUUGGAGAAGCAAAGUUUGGAUGAGUUUCUUCUCAAUAUUGACAAAGGAAAAGCUGUCAUUGUCUCCCUAUCUCCCCAAUCAAGAGCUUCACUUGCCGUUUAUUUUGAAAUUUCUCCGCUUCAGGUUUUUAGGAAACUCACAACAUUUUUUAAGUCCUUGGGUGUAAAGGCUAUAUUUGACACAAGUACCAGUAGGGAUUUAACUCUUGUUGAAUCUUGUAACGAGUUCAUCUCAAGGUACAAACAAAGCCAGUUAUCUGAUGAUGAAGGGCAUCAAUCUUCCUUGCCUAUGAUUUCAUCAGCAUGCCCAGGUUGGAUAUGCUAUGCCGAAAAACAACUUGGAUCCUAUGUUCUGCCUUAUAUUUCAUCAGUGAAGAGUCCCCAGCAAACAAUUGGAGUUAUUGUUAAAAAUCAUGUAUGCCAAAAAAUGGGUCUUAGGCCAGCUGAUGUUUACCAUGUAACUGUGAUGCCUUGUUAUGAUAAAAAGCUUGAGGCUUCACGUGAUGACUUCGUUUUUGAAGUCGAUCAAUCCGAAAAUAAUGAGAAUGAAGGUCUUAGGGUUCCAGAGGUAGAUUCGGUGUUGACAUCCGGGGAAGUUUUAGACCUGAUACAGUUGAAGGGAGUAGAUUUCAAGGGCUUAGAAGAGUCUCCACUAGAUAACAUGUUGACAAAUUUUAAUGAAGGGCAUCUUUUUGGGGUCCAUGGAAGCUCAGGGGGUUAUGCGGAGACAAUUUUCAUUUAUGCUGCUAAAGUGCUCUUUGGAAGAGAAAUCAAGGGCCCUAUUGAUUUCAAAACAGUUAAAAAUUCAGACUUCCAAGAAGUGACUUUGGAAGUGGACGGGAAGACUCUGUUGAAAUUUGCACUCUGUUAUGGCUUCCGUAACCUGCAAAAUGUUGUCAGGAAAAUCAAAAUUGGAAAAUGCGAUUAUCAUUUUCUAGAGAUCAUGGCAUGCCCUUCAGGUUGCUUGAAUGGUGGAGGACAGAUUAAGCCACAGCCCGGACAAUCCCCAAAGGAGUUGAUUCAGUUAUUACAAGCAGCUUAUAUGGAAAAUGUCUUGGUUGCUGAUCCUUUUGGAAAUCCUUUGGUGCAAAACUUGUACGAUGAGUGGCUUGAGCAUCCUGGCUCAGAGAAAGCUAAGCGACUCUUUCACACAGAGUACCACCCUAUCGUGAAAAGUCUAACUUCUCAGUUGCACAAUUGGUAAAUGCCACCUUCCAAACUCCAGUUUUCUCAACAACAUGCGGACAUCCCGUGACGGUCCAUCUGAGUACCGAGGCUUGUCAUCUUCUGGGAGUCGUCAAAUUUUUGAUAUAGAGAACUAAUAUUUUGUUCAGAGUUUUUUCCAAACUGAUUUGUAUAGUAAAAUGACCUUAAUAGAAAAAGAAUCAAUUACACGCGGUUGUAAAAACCAUAUAGAUCUUGCUUUCUAUUGUAUAUUGUUUUUGGUACACAAAUCUUGCAUUCUAUUGUGUAUCCAUUUUUGUUUCAAU